ACGAGAAGAUAAUCGAUCAGGGCAUUAAACAAUCCAUGCUCACCUUCUCUUGAUGCAAAUCUAAAGGAGCGAAAAUAGAGAGAGAGCUCGCGAAUCUAGGAAAGCGAUACCAAUGGCUUCCAUGAAGGUAACAAUGGCGUCUAAGAAAGGUGAAAGCGAAGACAGCAAUUUUGUGACGAGGGAAUCCGAUGAUAUGCUUCUGAUAAUGCCUAACGGACUCGUCUAUAAACGCCUAUGUAAGCCGAACCUACUGGAUACAAAAACUGAAGCUAAAAUCAAUUCAUACUGCAAUGUUGGUAAUGGGGUUAAGAAGUUGAAAGAAAUGCUUUCAAAAGAUGAACUAAGUGAAUUUCGAAAGACUGCCUUUGGAUAUUGGUUAGACAUUGGAGAAUUGAAAUGUGUUAAUGGCCAACUUAUGAUUCUUCUCACACUCAACCAUGUGGAGCCGAUGGACACACUGCACGCCUAUGAAGAAAUUUCAUUUUCCAUUUGUGGCAGACUGAUCAAAUUCACAAAGAAAGACUUCCAGGAGGUGAGUGGUUUUAGGUUUGGGAGCAGCACUGAAAAAAUGGAGAAUUAUACAGAACCAAGUGACAUAAGUAAAAGAUACUUCAAUGGUCAAAUGAAUGUGACAAGAGAAGAUGUGAAGAUUGAAUUUGAGAGAGUCAAGAAAAAUAAAAAUAGAGAAGCUUUAGAUGCAGUGAAGUUGGGACUCCUAUACAUGUUAGGGACCUGCAUUGACAAUAAAGUCAUUGACCAGCAGGUGAUGGAAGAUGGUUUGGAGGAAGGCCAGAAAAUGGAGAGUGUCAUUGACAAUGUGGAAAUAGCAUCACAAGCUGCUCCGGAAGUAGAGGAAUUGGAUCCAGCCAUUUGGGACAUUAGUCCUUACUCUGAACAACCAAAGGUCGUAGAGGGUAUCAUCAGUUAUUUGUUUGCCACUGAACAAGUCCUCACUGAUAUUCCAACUGAACCACCACAAAUUGUCAAUGAUAUUCCCAAUGAACCACAACAAAUGCCCAAUGUUGUUCCCAUUGAACCACGCCAAGUCCUCACUGAUAUUCCCACUAAACAACCACAAAUCCUCAAUGAUAUUUCCACUGAACCACAACAAGUCCUCAAUGAUGAUCCCAGUGAUGGUAUAGAUGCUGAACCACAGCUCAAUGUUGGUCAACUUGAGGACAUUCAGGAUGAACAAGCAGAAGGCCUUGAUGCUGAAGAACAACACACUAAGGAUAUUGCCAUUGACCAACCAGAAGACACUACAAGACAAGGACCACAGACAUCUAAACAGAAAGCCAUAGAUGGUGGUGAUGACAAUUCACAACCCAACAAUGUGGAGGCCGAAGCUGGCAUGGCAGAAAAAGAACUUCGGCCACUGUGGGGGCAUGACGAAACAAUGACAAAAACAUGGUACUAUGGAUAUUUCUACCCUGAUGAAUGGAUGGAUGAUGUGCAUGUAACUGUAGCCUUGAAAUUCAUGGUCAUGAAAGCACAAGAAUAUGGAUUGACCCAGCCAUUUGCAGUAAGAGACAGCCUAUUUGUCAGUCUAUUGAAGAGAGAAUAUGACAACUACUUGGGAAAAAGGAAAACCAUUGCUGAAGCAGCAUUGAACACUUCAAUACUGAAACCAAUCGUAGGGGCUGUGCCAGAAUUGGGAGGACGCUGGGAAGAAUGCGAUUACGUUUACAUGCCAAUCAACACUGGAAACCAUUGGAUAUUGGUUGUGCUUGAUAUAUCAAAGAAAUGCAUCAGGCUAUAUGAUUCUAACAGCAAGGGGAAGACCAGUCGCCACACAAAACCAUACCUUCCAUGUCUACAGAUCUUACUGCCAAAGGUGAUGGACAAACUGGAAGUGUACAAGGAGCGGAAAAUGCCUGAGAUGGGAGAUGAUGUGCUAGGCAUUGUGAACGUAAAUGAUUGCCCACAACAGCAGGACGCAUAAGUUUGUAGAUGUUAUAAAUGUCUUUUCUAGGUACCUAAUAACAUGUCAUAUACUUAAAGCACCAUAAUGUCCAAUGUAUGUAAUAAUAUGCAGGGUGAGCU